AUGGCUCUCGUAAUCAGAUACAUCGUCAUCCUCCCCCUGGUCCUCGCCUUGGCCAGCUUCGUCUUGACCUCGCUCACUCUCUUUGCCGGCCACAAGCAAGGCUUCAUGGAGGACUAUGCCAUUGUCAGGCUAAACACCUCCAUGAUUGGCCAAAGCAUCCUCGACAAAGCUACCGGUGACAAGGACCAGAGCAAGCCAAAAGACGACGCCUUCGGCCGCCUCAAGGGCUGGGUGGACGGCAAGAAGAACGAUGUCAAGGAGAAGCUCAACGGGGUCGUCGGCAAUAUCACCGAACACCUAGGCGUGCCCGACUGGUAUUCGCUGCACAUCAUGAACGCGUGCGAGGGCCAGUUCGAGCCCAACCCAACGGCCCCGAACCCUGGCCUCAACAUGACAAACUGCACCGCGUCCUCUCCAGCUCACCGCCUGAACCUCACACGCAUGCUCGACCAUGACCUCGGCGUGGGACCCGUGCGCGUCAACCUUGCCGACAUGGACUGGACCGAGAGCCUGCAGGACAAGCUCGACAUCCUCAACAAUGCCCUAUUGGCUCUCUUCACCAUCUACGUCCUCGCCAUGGGCUUCAGCGGCCUGUCCAUGCUCCUCAACGUCGGCGCCCUUCUGCUGCCCGCCAAGACUGCCAUGGUGCUCGUCAAUCUCGCCGUCGCCUCCAUGGGUGGCCUCGCGUGCAUUAUUGGCAGCACCAUCAUCACCGUCGCCGGCUCCAAGGCAGUCAAACAUAUCAACGAAAAGGGCGCGCGAGUCGGUCUCUCCGCCGAGCGAGGUUUCAAGUUUCACAUUCUCGGCUGGGUCGCAACGGGAUUCAUGCUCGCCGUCACCGCCUUUUGGCUCGUUCAGUUCUUGAUAAUCAAGUUGAAGGCUCGGCGGCGCAGCAAGGAAGGCUUCUGA